CAGCCGCCAGCAUCAGACCUCCGCUUCCCGGCCGCGGCCUCCUCAGCGCUGCAGCUGCGGCCUGCACCUGCGAUGCUGCCUCCCGACGGCCGGCGCAGCAGAGUGAGAUGCCCGACGCAGCAGCUGCGCUCCGCGCCGUUCGCGUGAGAGGAACGACCCCUGCGCUGCGCUGCUGCAGCGCACAGGCCGCCCCCCGAUAACAGAGCCACACUCCGGCCCGGCCAAUGAGCGGCGGCUCGUUUCGGAGGCGGCCGUGACAGACGAUGCCGGGGCGACGUGACCAGAUGCACACAUUUGAGAUGUCGGCUCGAGGGGCGCAUCCCUUCGCACCCCACCACAUCACCCCCUCACCCACCAUGGUCCCUGUCCCCACCGACGUGUCGUACGACGGCGCCGCGGCGUCGUCGAGCAGCGGCGCGCAGAAGCGCUGCGUCGUCGUCGGCCUCGGCAUGGUCGGCAUUGCCUUCUGCGAGAAGCUGCUCAAGAUGGACCUCGACGGCGGGCGCAACGAGUGGCAGAUCACCGUCAUCGGCGAGGAGCCGCACAUCGCCUACAACCGCGUCGGCCUGACGCAGUACUUUGGCAAGCGCGACGCCGAGGCACUCUACCUCAACCCGCUGGCGUGGUACAGCAGCCAUGCACCGGGCAAGCUCACGUACCACACGAGCGACCCCGUGCUGCACAUCGACGCCCAGGCGCACACAAUCAAGACGCAGGCCGGCAAGACGCUGGCGUACGACGUGUGCGUCGUGGCCGUCGGCUCCGACGCGGCACUGCCGCCGUACAUCACGCGCGAGCGCUUCCACAAGACGACGGGCGCGUUCGUGUAUCGCAACCUCGCCGACCUGGACAGCAUGAUUGCCUACUCCGAGAGCCGGAGAAUCAAGCGCGCCGGUGUCGUCGGCGGCGGCCUGCUCGGACUGGAGGCCGCCAAGGCGCUGCUGGACCUCGAGAGCGUCGAGCAGGCCGUCAUCAUCGAGCGCAACCAGUGGGUGCUCUCGCGGCAGCUCGACGGCGAGGGCGGGCGCAUGGUGCUGGACAAGGUCAAGGAGCUGGGCGUCGAGGUGCUCACCAAGGCGCGCGUGCGUGAUCUUAUCGUCACGACGCCCGAGCAGGACGAGGAGCAAAAGACGCGCCUCACGGGCAUCAUGCUCGAGGGCGACGCCGAGGGCGACACGCCGUACGACAUGGACAUGCUUGUGUUCGCCACGGGCAUUGUGCCACGCGACGAGCUCGCCAAGGCCUCGGGCAUCACGGCGGCGCCGCGCGGCGGCUUUGCCGUCAACGACCUGCUCGAGACGAGCGCCAAGGACGUGUACGCCAUCGGCGAGUGCGCCUCGCUCAAGGGCGAGACGUGGGGCCUGAUCGCGCCGGGCAUCGAGAUGGCCGACGUGCUGGCGUUCAACCUCACCGAGGGCCCGCACCAUGCCAGCGGCCUGCGGCGCAUGACGAGCCCGGACCUGAGCUGCAAGCUCAAGCUGAUGGGCGUCGACGUGGCGUCGUUUGGCGACUUCUUUGCCGACCAGGGCAAGAUCACGCGGCCGCUGCCGGGCGACCGCCGCCGCGGCACCGGCGUGCACGCCUCGACGGGCGACGGGCCCAAGGUCAAGGCGCUGACGUACCGGGAUCCGUUCUCGGACAUCUACAAGAAGUACAUCUUCACCAACGACGGCAAGCAUCUCGUCGGCGGCAUGAUGGUCGGCGACGUCAAGGACUACGUCAAGCUUGUUGGCCUCUGCACCAAGGGCAAGGAGAUCGAGGCGCCGCCGGCCGAGUUCAUCAUCGGCGCCAAGAAGGAGGGCGAGGCGGAGGGCGACGACCUCGACGACGACGCGCAGAUCUGCUCUUGCCACAACGUGCUCAAGGGCGACGUCGUCAAGAUGGUCAAGGACGGCUGCCGCUCGUUCGGCGAGAUCAAGAGCUGCACGAAGCUCGCGACGGGCUGCGGCGGCUGUGCGCCGCUCGGCACGUCCAUCUUCGAGAGCGCCAUGAAGGCCGCCGGCGCCGAGGUCAGCAACAACAUCUGCCCGCACUUCAAGUACGCGCGGCCGGACCUCUACCUCAUCAUCAAGCACCGCAAGCAGCUGCGCGACUUCACCUCGGUGAUGCGCGAGGUGGGCGUCAAGCCCGACUCGCUCGGCUGCGAGGUGUGCCGCCCGGCCGUCGGCUCCAUCCUCUCCUCGACGCGCAACGACUUCAUCAUGCAGCCGCAGCAGCGCCAGACGCAGGACACCAACGACCGCUACCUGGCCAACAUCCAGCGCGACGGCACGUACUCGGUCGUGCCGCGCCUCGUUGCCGGCGAGAUCAACCCGGAGAAGCUCAAGGUGCUCGGCGAUGUCGCGCAAGAGUUCAACCUCUACACGAAGAUCACCGGCGGCCAGCGCAUCGACCUCUUCGGCGCGCGCAAGGAGCAGCUGCCCGCGAUCUGGACGCGCCUCGUCGACGCCGGCUUCGAGAGCGGCCACGCGUACGGCAAGUCGCUGCGCACCGUCAAGUCGUGCGUCGGCACGAGCUGGUGCCGCUUCGGCGUCGGAGACUCGGUCUCGCUCGCCGUCGAGCUCGAGGAGCGCUACAAGUCGAUCCGCGCGCCGCACAAGUUCAAGGGCGGUGUCUCGGGCUGCGUGCGCGAGUGCGCCGAGGCGCAGAGCAAGGACUUUGGCGCCAUCGCCACGACCAAGGGCUGGAACGUCUUCGUGGCCGGCAACGGCGGCGCCAAGCCGCGCCACGCCGAGCUGAUUGCCGAGGACGUGCCGCGUGCGCUGGCCAUCAAGAUCAUCGACCGCUUCCUCAUCCUGUACAUGCGCAACGGCGACAAGCUGCAGCGCACGGCGCGCUGGGUCGAGACGUUCCAGGGCGGCAUCAAGGAGCUCAAGGAGAUCAUCGUCAAGGACAAGCUCGGCAUCUGCAAGGACCUCGAGGAGGAGAUGGAUGCGCUCGUCGGCACGUAUCACUGCGAGUGGACCAAGGUCGUGCGCGACCCCGAGCGGCAGAAGGCCUUCCGCCAGUUCAUCAACACCGACGAGACGCAGGCGACGAGCGAGCGCAUCGUGUCGCGCGACCAGACGCGCCCGCCGGACUGGCCGGCGGAGAGUGCGCCGCUCAAGUUCAGUGUGCGCGACGUCGUCGCCAGUGCGCCGUGGGAGUGGCGCCCGAUGUGCAAGCUGGCCGACCUCGACCCGCAGCCCGACGCGCCCACGUCGGCCGUGCUCAAGUACGGCGACACGCAGAUUGCGCUCUGGAACAUCCCCGGCCGCGGCCUGCGUGCGGCGCAGCAGAUGUGCCCGCACAAGAACGCCUUUGUCCUCUCCGACGGCCUGCUGGGCGAGGACGAGGCGGGCAACGAGUACGUGAGCUGCCCGCUGCACAAGCGCCGCUACAACCUCUCGCACAAGGAGGAGGAGCAGGGCGGCAAGUGCAGCGACGCCGACUACAGCAUCAUGACAUUCGAGGCCAAGGCCGACGGCGAGACAGUCUUCCUCAAGCUGCCGCCCACCGAUGCCCUCGACGCCGUGCUCUCGACCACCAAGUGGAUGCUGCGCAAGGCGCGCGAGGAGACCAACAUCCUCGCCGGCGAGGCGCUCGCCGACAAGGCCAUCGAGCUCGCGGCGCCGAGCGAUGCCGUGCGCGACGAGGCCAACGGCGUCACGUCCCAGCCCGGCGGCAAGGUCUCGUGCUCCGACGCUGCGUCGGGCAAGAAGUUCGACUGGUGAUGUCGCCUCGGCUUCCUUCUCUAUAUCUCCCGGUCUCCUGUCCGCAUGUCACCCGCAAUACACGCAUCUAUCAACGCGC